AGGAAAUGACCUUGACUAUAACAUGGAAGCAAUCUUGUUAGUGUUUGAACUUCGAGAAGGCACAUCCUUUCAACAUGACAUUUUGGCAAGAAAAUUUUUCCUUUAUAAAGGAUGUAUAUGAAUCACGAUCAUCCAAGCUAAUUGAGCUGAUGGACAAGACCGACAAAGCAAUGGCAGCGGUUUUGGCGGAUAAAAUGUAUACAUCGAAUGAGUUCAAAAAGGUCAAAGAGGUUUUUUCGGGUUUGGCAAGAAAUCUUGAACAACCAGACACGAAAGAGUGGUUGACGGUAACCAAGGAUACAUUAUUAUCUGAUAGGCCCAACGAACAAGACGAAGAGUCAAAAAAAUUACAAGCUUUAUUAAACAGAUUUGAUGAAAUAAUGCCACGCAUUGACGAUACAAAAAAAGCUGUUGAUUGCCUAUGGAAGGCAUAUCAAUUUACUGACGAGCUUGCACCCUACAUGGAAUUUAUGGAGGAUGUUCGCAGUAAAUCUUGCAAAGACAUCGUUUCUAACUCUGCUACAGAAACAGAAGAUCAUAUCGAAAAACAUGAAAAGUGCAUGGAUCAUAUGGAUAAGAAAAGAAAAUCGGUGCUCGAUCAGUUAUCUAAGGGAGAAAAAAUUUUGAUUGACCCAAAAUCGCCAAAGUUUCUAGAGGGGCACGUCAACAAGAUGAAAACGCUUUGGGAAACUGCCCAAUCUAGCGCGACUGAACGACUAAGAGCACUUAAAGAAAACUUAACCGCUUGGGAUCGAUACGAAAAAACAAGAGACUCAAUGUCAGUCAAGCUGAACUCAGCAGAUGAGGAAUUUCAGGCAACACAUAAAAUUUUUGACCUCAGCUCAGCUGGCUCUGAUUAUGCCAAGAGGCUUGAAGAUUCAAACGUCAUGAGAAAAGAUAUUGAAAGUACUUUCGGAGUGCUGAAAAGCACAAAUGAAAUUCUGUCGAUGUUCACCGGGGAGACCAAAAAAAGUCAAAUGUUGGAUGAGGUCAAGGCUUUGCAAACGCGUAUGACCAUACUGGAUAGAAUUGACCAAAAGUUGCAAAACAUCAAUGAGUUCAUUAAGCGUCUUAAGACCUUCAACGUUCAACUUGGUGAACUGGAAGAUUGGAAUAAAGAAGGUCGGAAUAGAAUGAAUGAACUGCUGGAACCAACGAAACCACUCUUACCGGAGGAGCGUGUAAUGUACACAAUGGAGCUCCAAUCUGACAUAGAGGUUCAUCUAGAUAAGCACCAAAAACAUGAAGACGAAUGGGAUCAGCUUAAGCCAACAGAAGCAAAUGAACAGUCCCCUGAAUCAGAGGCAUACGUUACAAGAUUGGGAGAGGUAAAAUCAUUUCUGUCUCAGCUUCUGACAGAAGUUAAAACUGAGGGAGAAAAAUUUGGUGAAGAUAUCAAACAUCUGGCCGAUUUUACCAGCGGUUGCAAGCGCUUUGAACCAUGGAUUGUCGAUGCCGAGGCAAAAAAGAAUGCAGGUUUAAAAAAACCGCGGGACCUAGAGGAAGCAAGGUUGGCAUUGGCAGAAAAUCUGAAAUGGAAACAAGAUGCCGAAAAAAUGAAGGCUGUUUUGGACAAUGCUCAUGCUGCAGCACAAAAAAUGACCCUUCACGAUGAGCCUGACCAAAAGCACGAGCACAAUGUUAAACGGUGGGAGGUCAUUGAAUUGACUGCAAAUGAUCGAAUUGAACAGCUUCAAGCAAUGGUUGAUGUUUGGCAGAAACAAGCGGACACUGCUGCCAUGGUGACUGCUGCAAUUGCGGCAAAUCCUUCAGAGAGCAGCAAGGAGAUGAAACUUGAAGACUUAGAAGUGCACUUAAACUCCUUGAGGCAAAUGUUUAUUGAGAAACAAAAGAUGAUGGAAAAGAUGGAAAACUCAGACAAAUGAUGAACCAGACUAUGAGAAGACUCAUCAGAAUAUGACAUUUCCUUUUAUUGUCUCGCUCUUUCUCGCAAAUAAUAGCAAUAAAACAUAAAAUUUGAAUAGCGAAAA